AUGUUUCCAAUACAAACAUUACCUCAUCAAGAAGAAGAGUACAGAUGGACUCUCGGUGAUCAAACUAAAGUAUGUGAAGAAAUCCACCCAGACAUGAAAAGUUAUGGAGAAAUUGUCGAUGCAAAACAGUCAAAACAAGGAAGUAUUUAUGAACAAGUUUUGAAGCAAGUUGAUUAUGAUAAUGAAAAUGUUGGAAAUAUAAAAGAUUACUACGAACAUUCAGGUGAAAGUGAUGAAAGUGAACACAUAAUGCUGGAUGGGAAAAUAGGAAAUAUGUAUGUAGAAGAAAAAUCUCGAUUGAUGCUUCAUUUUCAACUGUGGGAAAGCACUGCUGUUAUGCAAACACAUGUGUAUAAUGCAGAGAAACCUGUUAAGGAAAUUGAUGUUUCUCAAAAAUUAUCUGAGAUUGAAUUACCUGCAUUUCAUACUUAUCCUCUUGCUAGUAAAGAAAAAUUGAAUGAAGGUAGUGAUUCAAGAAUUUUGAAUGAAGAACAAGUGAAGAAGAACAAAAGGAGAAACACAGACGUUGACAUGCUAAAAGAAGACAAUGUAAAGCAGAAAAGUCAAGAAGUAGUUCAAGGUCUCAUUGGAGAAUGUCUCGGCCAAAUAUUCAAUGCAGAUGGUGAUUCAUCUUCAGGCAGAGAAAAGGCUGAAAAAAUGGAAUUCUAUAAAGAUAUUGCAGUUCAGGAAAUUGGCCCUAAAACGCAUACAGUGAAAGAAAUAAGAAUGAAAGGCGUUAAAGUCAAACAAAUUGCCUCUACAAAAUUUUACAUUCAGAACGAAACUCCUAUUGACGGUCGUGUGGAAAUUUAUGGAAACAACUUCCCACCAAAUACUUAUGUAAAAAUAGAGGACAUAAUUGAAACUGUUCACUGUGAAACAACAUUUAAAGAACAAGAUAAAAUAGAAUGCUGCAUUCUAAAAGGAAAUGGUAUUGUGGUGUUUGUUAACCAACAGUCGAAAAAUUUGAAACCAUAUGAUUCAAUAGAUGUAGAGUUAAUUGUUUAUGCUAAUACAUGGGGCAUUUACAAUGAAACUAUUGUUUGCAAUAUCACAGGAUUGCCAACAUUUUACAUCAAAUUAACUGUAGAAGUACAAGGUCAACCUCUUUUAUUUGCUUUGGCACCACAUGAUAUUCUUUGUAAAUAUCCUGUG